CUUAACAUAGAGAUUGCUUCAUUUACAGAAACAGGUUUUCUUCAAUUCAGAUCUAGCACUGCUACUACUCAGUCUUGAAGAAGCUCUUGGACUGGUGCUAUGACUUUGAGGUGUAGAUGUCUCAAUGUGUUGUGAAGAUCUUGGUGUAGAUGUAUUCUUGGGUGUUCCCAGCAGAUCGCUAUCACUGAUUGUGCUGUCAUUGUAUGAAAUCGUGUCGAUUUUUGAGUAGUUUGGGACGAG